CAAAGAGUGUGUUUUUGUUAAUCAGAGUGACUCAAUUCUUUCUAGUACUAAUCCAUUUAUCAGGCAUAAGAAUCUUAAAAGGCAGCAAAUAGCAAAAAAGGCAAAGCGAACAGGGAUAAUCGAUAGAGAGACUUGAAGUCGAAAAAGUGUCUGCCUCACUGAUGGGUAAUCUGGUUGAAUGGGUAAAUCUUCCUCUAGAACUAUGGUUAGUUAUAGCAAAAAAUAUGAAUACUACAAUUGAUGUUAUUCGAUUUCGUAGUAUUUGUAAUUUAUUGCGCUCUAUUAUCCCCCCUCCUCUUCAAUCUCCCUCUUACAGACUUCGCACUCUAGAUGACAAAUUUUGGCAACUCGUCCAAACUAAAGUAUACCGUCUAGAACCAUUAAUACCAACUUGUUCUUCUAAUUCUUUUUCUAAUAUAGGGUGGAUCAUAAAGGUUGAAGAAUCAAAAUCUGGAAAAUUUCGUCACUUAGAUGUCUUGACUAACACAUCCAUAACACACACAUACCCAUUCAACGUGUUAGAUUUCAUGAACUUGCGAGUAAGAGAAUUGUUUCAAGCAUAUAAUUUUUAUUCUUCUAAAUAUGUAUGUCAUUGGACUACAUUUCAGCCUGGUAAUGAUGUUAAUAAAGUUGUUUUGUUUCCCGUUGAGGGUCGUGGUCAAAUGGCAUUUGUCCUUAAUAAAGACAAAAAAUUGCGUGUUUGCAAUGUUGGAUAUAACAAUUUGAUAAUAGUAGGGGAUGGUAAUAGAGUAUAUGAUGAUUUAAUCCUCUAUAUGGGGAAGGUUUAUGUUGUGGAUACAAAUGGAAUUAUUUUUCGGAUUAAUUGUUCAUCCUUUACGUUGGUUCAGUCGUCACCACCAUUAAAUAGUGGUGGUAAAAAGAAGUAUUUGGUGGAAUCAAAUGGAAGACUCUUUGUUGUCGAUAUGUAUUAUGAAAGAAAAAGAUUGAAUGCUUACGAUUUAAACAUUGAUACCAGUGUUUUAAUUGUUGAUAACGAUUUAAGUAGAUGGUUCCGUGUAUCAGACUUGGGUGAUGAUCUGUUUGUGUUAGGCAAAGACUCAAACUUUUCAUUAUCAGCUAAAGACUAUUAUGGAUUUGAAAGAAAUUGCAUUUACUUUCAUUGUAGAAAUAGGAUUGUUCGUAUCAGCCUGAACAAUUCUGAAAUUAAGUAUGUUGAUCAUAUUUCAUGGCUUUGCCCAACUUUGUUCAAUUUUAAUGUUUGUCACUAGUGUUAAAGGUACCAAUCUAAACUUAUUGGUCAGUUGCUCCACAUCAAUAUCAUCAUGUGCAAUGGUUACAUCAGACCUUGAUAAACAGGUUAUAGAGUUCGAGUAUUUCAAUGACAAAUUGUUAGUGGACCAAUUGGAUUUCCAUAGUCUCAUCAACCAGGACUUGAUCAAGUAGGAGUCACUUGAUUGAAUGAUAAAAUGAGUGAUAUUGUUCGACAUUUUAAUCUUAAACAUGUACUUGGUUUCAAUGCAAUUUCAUAUUUCAAUAAUAAAGUUUUUUUGUGA